CUGAGUAAAAGAAAUUGUAAUAAAAUUUUGCAUAGUUUUAUUCUAAAUAAUAAGAUUCUCCUAAUGUAAAAGCCAAGAUUGUUUUGGCAGAAUAUUUUUUGAGUGAUUUCAAUUAGUGGAGUUUCUUUAUCGUGCCUUCGAACAAUUUCGCCUCUUCACAAAAGCUAUUUCAAAAUUUUAUUGAUUUUCUCAAAACUUAUCUAAGACUUAAAAUUGAAUUCGCUUAAUCUUUUCUAAUAUAUUAAAUCAGAUAAUGAACUUCAUGAAUCAGCAAAAAUAAAAGUUGAAAUGGUUCUAAUAUCUUCUGUCGUGAAGAAUGGAAUACACUCAACUAUAAUAGCUUGUAUUACAAUGGAGACAUAGAGGGGCACUUUUCAGAUUUUUAUAAAUAAUGAAAAAUUCAGCAAUAAUUACAAAUUGUAUCAAGAGGAACACAUUUCCUCUAUCCUUUGGUUGUGUACUGAAAUUACCCAGAGGCCUUCACACAGAAUAACGUUUAUAUAAAAUCUGUGUACCCAAAGAUCUCUCUAGGGAGCCCGCCUUAUGUUUUCGGCUUCUUGUAUUCUUAUCUCCCUGGCAACCAUACUAUCUUCGAUGUAGACUGAGGAGGACUUCCUGUUAGCGAAAAUGUAGAAGUUUGAUUAGCAUUUGGGUAUUAUCCAACAUGAAUUCCUGAUGACGGUUUACUCCAAAAUUAUGAGUUUGAUUCCAUAUAUGCAGAUGGCAGAUUACAAAAUGCUGGAAUUGGAAAUGUGAUAGUUGUUCCAGUCAUUUCAUUUGCAGUUCCAUAUAGACCUAUUGAAAUCCAAAUGACAAAUUUUAAGUUUAUGAAUAUUACCCAACAUUGGACUUGGGGAUUGUUUUAUCUGUACAGCAUUGGUUUAGAAAAAGGCGAAAUAUCUAAUUUCAUAUUUCACAAUUGUACAUGUGACUUAUUCUUGAUGGAAAUUCUAACUAUUAAAGAUUUAAAAAUUCAUAAUCUUACUUUUGAAGAUAGUUUGAAUCAUAAAGCUGAACUCGCUAAAAUCACAGCAAAUGGAAACAUUAUAAUGGAAGAUGUGACUUUAAGAAAUUUUAGUAAUAUUGGAGCUUAUAAUGCUCCUCUAUUUUCUCUUUCAUUCCCUAAUACAAGCUCAAUAAUUCUGAAAGAUCUUAGCUUUCAAAACCUUGAAUUAGCUGCUGUUCCCUUGUUUUACAUAACUGCUCCACCAGUGAUGAUGACUGUUAAAAAUUUCAUGUUCAAAGAUUGUAGCACUUCGGAGGGUCAGUCUUUGCUCAACUUCCUCUACAUCAACUCAAUUUCAAUUUCUAAUGUGACUCUCGAGAAUGUCAAUCCUAUCAAUUCCUUUGGAAGUGCUGAGAAGGUAAUAAGAAUUGGCUCGCUGAACUAUGAAGAAAUGCAGAUUGCUGAAAUUUCAGACAUCUCAAUCAUGAAUUCUUCUAUGUCAUUUUUUGGAAUUGGAAGUCUUACAACUUUCUCAAAUUCAGAUCGAUAUAUUACUUUCAAUAAUAUAAAAUACUCUGGAUGCACUUUUCCAUCUCCAAGAACAUUAGUUUCCACAGAUAGAUUUGUUGGAAGCCUCAACUUGCACAUUCAGUUUAGCCAACUGACAUUUGAGAAUGUGAAGUUUGCAACUUCUGGUGUUCUAAUAGAGUUGAAACAUCAACUUCCUACUGUUGUCAAUUUUAGUUAUUGCUCCAUUUCUGGAGCCAAUUCUGGGUCUAUUGAAGCUGAAGGUAGGAAAAUAUCGAAUGAUCUUGACACAAAAUUCAAGUUUAUGAACUCAACAUUCUCAAAUGUAACACUCAGCAGUACUCCAUUCAUCUCAACAAGCCAGAAUUUGGUUUAUGAGAUUCAGAAUAGUUCGUUUACAGAGUUUACAUUAAUGGGUCUUAUUGCAGGAAUAUUCAGAGCAUCUGAUAGGUCUGUGAUUACAAUUGAAGAUUCAGUAUUUCAGAAUAACUCGGCAGUUUUAGCUACAAUCUUUAAAGCAGAAACUGAAGCAAGUAUUAUCUGAACAAAUUGUACAAUCUCCAACAACUUCGGAAUCACAAAUGGAGUAUUUGAGAUCGAAUCAGGUGCAGUGUUGAAGAUACUUCAAAGUGCAAUUUAUGAAAAUUAUGCGAUACAGUAUCCAGUUGGAGCGUUCUUAUCUGCUUUUACUCCUUCGAUCAUCAGCAAUACUCAAAUUUAUUCAAAUAGUGCAGUUUUUGAAACCGAUUUAGCUGUAGAGCUUUCUCCUAGUUGUAUAAGACUGUGAUUUUUGAAUGAUUUGAUAAAAAGUUAUCUUGCCAAUUUUGAAUUUGCCACUAUUACUCAGACUGACACUCUAAUUCAAGUGCUUCUAGCAGAGGUUCAUAUUAUCAACAACACAAAAAUCUACAAUAGCACUUCAGCUGUGUACAGUUUUUCUUCUGUUUUGAUCAUGGAGGACUCUUUUCUAUUUGGAAUAGACUUUACAAACUCCCCAAUUAAUCUGGUAUCAACUGUAGCUACUCUGAAUAAUCUAACAAUAGCUGAUUGAACCAAGUUACCUUCUCAGGAUGAGCACGCAUUUAUCCAAGUAACAUCUGGAACUUUGAUAUCAUCAGGUUUGAAAGUGUCAAGCACAAAUUUUCGAGUUUCUCAACUAUCGUUCUCAAGCUGAAUGAUGAAUAAUACCCAAUUUACAGAUGUAAUAAACGACAACGGCCUUAUUGGAUGCCUUAAAUGCCAAGAUUUUGAACUUGAUACUUUGUUAUUAGAAAAUUCUUACUCUACAUCAUUUCCUUUACUCAUUCUCCAAGAAACUCUCAAUGUGGAAUUGAAGAACAUCAAACUCUCUGGAUAUCAGUAUCGGUUGGCUCAGUUUUCGUCCUCAAGUGUAAUUUUGAUACAAAACCUUGAGGUUAGUGGUGGAAAGCAAGCUCUUGAAUUCACAAAUUCUAAUCUUCUCAAGAUGAAGAACUGCUCAUUUUCUAACAAUGAAGAAACUGGAACAAGCAGGAGUGGAGCCAUUCAGAUCCUUAAUAGUAAAAUAAAUAUUGAAGACACUGUAUUCAGAAAUAACUCUGCAGACUCUGGAGGAGCAAUCACUUUCGAGUGCACCAGCAUGGCGAAUUGCGAAUUAAAUAUUGAGAACUCGAAAUUCUUAGAAAAUAGUGCUAGAGCGAGUGGAGGAGCAAUAUACUACAACUAUAAUUAUCCUAGAAUUAAAAACACUGCAUUUAGUAACAAUAGUGCAAAUUAUGGACCAAACUUUGCCAGUUAUCCUGCAAAGAUAGGACUUGCAAAUAGCUCUCAAGGAAACGAUAUUAUUCUGAACAAUGUUGGAUCUGGUAUAACUAUUGAUCAAACUUUGGAACUUGCUAUUUUCGAUAUUGAUAACCAAAUAAUGAAUCUGGAUAAUUCAAGCCAGAUUAUUAUUCUCCCAAAGAAUUCAUCUGAAGCUAACACAAAAGGAUUCAAUAUCCUCUCGGUCGAUCAGGGGAUCGCUCAGUUUGAUAAUUUUGCCGCUAUCAUAAGGGAUAACAAACGAAGCUCAAAUUUUACUUUGAGUUCAAAAUCAAUCAACACUGCUAAAGCUCAAGAGGUGUUAGGAUCUUUAUUCUCUCAGAAAGAUCUUCAAAUUAAUUUUAGAGACUGACAGCCAGGAGAAAGGAUCGUUGGGGAUGAGUGAUACGUAUGAGCUACCGGUACAUACUCACUUGAAUGGAAUGCAACCAAAUGAGUCGACUGAGGUCUCGAUGCUGAUUGUCUCGGAGGCAAUCAAGUAUCAGUGAAGUCUGGGCAUUGGAGGAGAUCCAAAAAUUCAACCAAGAUUGUUGAAUGAAUAGUUAAAGAAGCUUGCCAGGGAGGAUUUGUAGAUGUUACAAAAGAUAAUCAAACCUCAAACUCCAAGAAUAUUCAUCCAGUAAAUUGAGCAGAAGGAUAUUCAGGCAAUCUCUGUUCCCAAUGAGUUGUAACCCAAGAUGCCAAAUAUGAAAGAAUUAAUGACUACGAGUGACAGAAAUGCCCAGAACAAAUUUGGAAUGCAAUUCAAGUGGUGUUCACUUUACUACUUGUCUUACUAUUUUACAUAACUUUGGUCGUUAUCAAUGUACGAAAAACUGAUGAAAGUGAAUUAUCAGUUCUUCUAAGAAUCCUUACUAAUUAUCUCCAGAUUAUAACAGUGUCUGCAUCAAUGACCAAUGACUAUCCAGCUGGGUUGAUUGCCUUGACAGUUCCGAUCAAAUUGUUUGGAGGGUCUACAGAUGCAUUAUUAUCGUUUGACUGCUUCAUUGAAGACUCAGAAGCCAACUCUAUGUUUAACUCUAACUCAAUCUUUAAAUUGUUCCUGAUGACAUUCUUGCCAAUAAUCUUAUUCUUUAUCAUUGCAGUGAUGUGGGUAAUCAUUAAAUGGGUCAAACCAGCUUGGUGCACAAAUAUUAAGAGAGCUCUUGUGAUUUCUUUCAUCACAGUUGUAUUUGUUUUGCAUCCAAAGCUCACAGAGAAAAGUAUCAGUCUUUUCAAAUGUAUUGAAAUUGAUGAAGGCUACAAGGUCGCAAGGAUAGAUACUAAUCUUGAAUGAUUCUCCCCAACACAUUUGAAAUGGUGAAUAAUAGUAGGAGCACCAAUCAUUUUAGUUUGGGUAAUUGCCUGACCUUUAAUAGCUUAUAUUGUUAUCUUCAGAGAAAGAAAAAAGACAAACAGUAAAAUUAUGGAAUACUUCCUAAUAAUCUACCAAGGACUUAAGCCUGAGGUAAUGUAUUGGGAAUUUGUUAAUACUAUGAAGAAAGUGGUUAUCUCAUUGUUUCUUCUUUUUGAGCUGAAGGUUGCAAUCAAUUUAUCACUAAUAGUACUUCUGUUGACAGCUCGCUUCCAGAUAAAGAUCAAGCCCUAUAAGAAUCUAGAAAAUAAUAAAAUAGAAUUUUUAUCUACAAUGGGAGGUGCCACUUUGAUUAUUGGAGCUCUAGUGUAUUCUCGGUAUGAACAGCAUGAUGCUCUAAAUGUUAUUGUAUUUGUAGCUAUUUUAAUGAUCAACUGUAAGUUUAUAAUAGAAUGGCUGAUACUAUUAAUGCAGCUGUAUCAGGAGAAGAAUAAGUUUGCACACACUAUUGUAGUUUUCUUUUCCAAGAUUAUGUGAAAAAGAGCCAAAAUCAAACAACAAUGAGAGGAUGGAUCAAACCAAAUUUAUAAAAAAACUGAAAAAGAAAAACAAGAGAAAGAUGAAAAGUCAACUUGUGUAAAGAAGAAACUCUACAAGAAGUCCAAAUCAAUCAAAAAGAGAAAGAAGGCUAACAAGAUGGGGACAAAAAGAAGAAUUCAAAAUACUACGAAUACUAAUCUUCGAGAUUUUGAAAUUGAUGAACAAGGUACGAACUCUCUCUUAUGUUUCCAUCGAUUGCUUAUUGAAAGUCAGCAAUCUCCUAAAACUAUUGAAUGGCAGGUGAAAGUGCAAAUUUAGUAACCUCUUUGAUAAAGUAUUAAACCUGGGAAGCUAGAAUCGGAUCCUUUUGAUUAGUUCUUAAAGCCCGGGAGUUCAGAAGCGAUAAACAAAUUAUAUACCAUGGACAUCACGCGGCUGAUUUUAUUGACCGAAUUAAUAGAAUUAUUUAUUAAGCUUAAGCUGUGAUGAUAUGCAUUUUAUUCCAGUAAUAGUUAUGUAUUCUCGAUUCAUAAAUCUUUUUGUUUGGGGAUAGAGACAUAUCUAUGCUUUAAUAGCAAUUUAAUAUGGGAUAAUCCCGAGUUAAAAGUGAGAAACAGUUGUUAUAGUUAGGAUUUAGCUCUUUAUAAUCUAUAUUUUAUCAAAAAUUGUUUUGGUCUUUUUGUCUAUUGAAAGGUUUUUCAUCAAAAUUUUUGUUUAGAACCUUAUUACUUUUCGCUAACACUUAUAUAGAACAUAACAACAGUAUAAUAAAUAUGCCAGACUCUCACAGAACCUCCCAAAGACCUAUAUUUAUAAAGAGAUCAAGAGUAACUACUAUCAAUCAGACUGCUUUGCCUCAAGUUAAUUGUGACUCUGAAAUUAUUGAAAGGGAUAGAGUCAGAAAAAUAGAUGAAGAUAUUCCAGAAGAUGGCCAAAUUUUCUGGAAGAGGAGGAUAAUUUAAACUGGAUCCAAACUAUCAUGCUAAGGUAUAAGCAGAGGUAUGAAUAAAUCAGGUGUUACAAAACUCUGGUCAAAACCAACCGAAAGGUGUAUCUAAGGGGCACUUCUUGAUCCAUAAUAUAUUUAAUUCCUCCUAAGAAAUAUGGAAUAAUGAAAGUCCUUUCAAAGAAUUGUAAUAGGAUUAAAUUUUGAGUUGAGUAGAUAGAACCAUACAGGUUCUUUCUGUUAGUAGUGUCUGCUAAGAAAUGUAGAUAGAAACACUCUAGAGUAACAGAUUAAUGAAGAAUACAAAAUGAGAUAUUUCAUUAGAAGGUACGUUGAAAGAACCCUAAAAGGAAAGGAGAAAGGUGGACAUGCUAUAACUCAAAAUUAUGCUCUGUUGAGGGGAUGUUUCAUCGGAUCUGCUUUGGAUAAACUGUAUGAGUAAACAACUAUAUCUCUACACAAUAGAUUCUUCUUAUGAAAGAGUGCCCUCAAUUUUGGGUUAAGUGUAAAUAUGAGUAGGUAAUCUGAAUUUUUAGGAGAGAUUCUGAAAACUAAACCAGGGUUAAAUAUCUGAAUAAAAAAAUUAUCCACCCACUAUUUGCAAACCUUUCCAUUUAUAAAUAAUAACAAUUUCCGAGUGAUUCCCCAGAGACCGGAUGGUAAUUACUCCAGUAAAGAUCACCUAAUUUAGUAACCUCCACAUGAGCCCACAUAAUCUAACCAGCACUAUAAAAACCAUUCAAAAAGUCCCUCUACACCUCCAAGUCCACCUUUCCCCUCCAAUUCUUAGUUCAAUGUGUCCAAACUUCCUUC